AUGGCUUCUUGCAUGGGUUGUUUGCUUGGAUGUAUGUUUAUCGUAUCAGCUCUUCUGCUUCAGGGAACGGCCGCUCAGACAAUCCAUAUUGUCGGAGGCAGUUUAGGAUGGACUGUUCCUCCUCCUAACUUCUCAUAUGAUUCUUGGGCUGCCAAUCAGACAUUCAUGGUCGGCAAUUGGCUACAGUUUAACUUCUCAUCAGGAUUAGUGCACGAUGUGACCGAGUUCUCAAAGGCAGAUUAUGAAUCUUGCAACAAUACGAACCCCAUCACUUAUGUCGUUGCAUCAUCAGUAAACUUCCUCAUUGAAACUGCAGGAGAACACUACUACUUCUGCACCUUUAAAGAUUACUGUGAAAAGAAUAUGAAGCUGGCAAUCAAAGCUUCUGGUACUCCCAUUUGGUCUCCUCCUCCUCCACCCAGCUCUGCCUCUUCUCUCACAGUUGGCGGCUUCUCUCUUCUUUUACUAGCCAUAUAUCAUGUUGUAAUAUAA